AUGGCGGGAAACCCCGCGGCCAUCAUGGAUCCUUUCACGUCAGCCGAGCGAGUCCGGGCCCAGCCGAGGCAGCCACCGCUUGGCGACACGUUCGGCUGGGACCUCGACGGCGAUAACAACAGGAGACCCAGGCGGCAGCGGGACUACUCUUCAGCGUCGGACGACGAUGACAAGCCUUACCGAGCUACCGCCUGGCGGCUCCUACAACAGGACACCAGAGACACCCAACGGUCCGCCUUCGCAGCUUCCACACAGGCUAACCACCGGACUCACUUCGCCGCUUACCUGGGCUUCUGCGAGUAUUUCCAUCAACAGCCUUUCCCAGCCACCCCGCACCUCCUGUCCUGCUACGCACAGUUUCUCAGCCGAACACUCAACUCGCCAGCCUCCAUCUCUCAUUACCUCUCCUCCGUGAAGCUCCUACAUCACUUACAGGGUUUCCACGACCUACACCUGAAACACUUUGAACUGCAGCAAACGCUCAAAGGACUGAAGCGCAACUUACAACACCGCCCAAGAGUCCCUCAUCCCGUCACCCCAGAAUUCCUCUUCCAGGCCCACCUAUCUCUAGACCAUUCAAAACCAAAAGACGCCACCAUCUGGGCUAUCUUACUCGUGGGCUUCUUCGCCUACUUCAGGAAGUCUAAUCUCGUCCCCCCCACAGCACGCGCAUUCAAGCCAGACCACCAUCUCUGCCGUCGUGACAUCCUAGUUGCUCCAGAGGGCCUUCUCAUCCGCACGAGUUGGUCUAAGACAAUCCAGGCGAACGAAAGAGAGGUGUUGACACCAGUCCUGGCCAUCCCAGGCUCUCCUCUCUGCCCAGUCGCCGCCUACAGACGCAUGCUACACAUCGUCCCUGCCUCACCAGACUCACCCGCCUUUCUACUCCCGUCCACGCCUCGCCGACCAUGCAGACCGGUCACCAGCUCCAUCCUGGAGAAGGCCUUCGCCCAACUGGUCGCCUCCGCCGGUAGGCCUCCGGGCUUUCACACCCUGCAUGACCUUCGGCGCGGAGGUUACACGCUCGCCUUUGAAGCAGGCGUCCCCAGGGAACUCCGACAGCGGCACGGUGACUGGCGUUCCGACGCAGACCUGUUCUACCUGCAGCCCUCCAUGGCACAGCGACUUCGGCUUCCAGCGGCCAUGAGGACACUGAUCCUCCAACGCACCACCUAGCCACGCGACAACAUCGCCGGGACGACCAACUUCUCUUCCAACCCCAGAGAACUCUUACUCACCAACUCACACUCUCAUCUCCUUCUUGGCACACCUCACUCUGUUCGGCCUGGCCUUUGACAUACAGAAAUGUACAGACUCUGGACUACCAUUAAAAAUGUCAUGCGCCAAGCUGUCUGUUCGUGAUCAUGAGUUGGUGUAAUUAUGGUGGUACCGCGCCAUCUGGCGAGGUAG